UUUCAGUUGUAACUUUCUAAUGGUUUAACAAAUUAAUCAUUAGUUCAUUACGGCCUUCAACUAAAUCAUUUACGUUUUAGUUGUUUCUUGCAAAACUCAACAAUAUUUGUAAUUUAAAUCUAACAAGAAACAAAAAAGACAAAGAAGAAACAAUAGCUAGAGAUGAUCCGUCCUUGUUAAUGAUUGGUUUGAGUUUUAGUGAAAGGAUAUUGUGUUAGUUUAUUUAACUAAUUUCAUUUGACGAACCAAAUUAAUCAGAAAUCCAAUCCUAUCUACCUGGGAUUGUUUUUUAUUUUUUAUUAUUCUUGAACAAUUACUCUAUGAGUUGAGAAUUCAUAUCAAUAGCAACUGAGCCGAUAAAAAAGAAAGCAAAGGAGGGAAAAAAAAUAUAUUGAAGCUGACUUCGGCAAUGAAUCAUUAUCUAAUUUAAUACAAAUCUUCACCUAAUCUUGUUGCUAACCUCCAAUAAUAACGGCCAUUUAAUUAUAUUAUAGGAAAUCUGCAAUUGUAACGUUUUCAUUUCCAGGUAGUUUUUUUUUUAAUUAAUUAGGCAAACGUUGCAGUAGUGAAGUUUGAACAUAUAUACCAUAUUCUCUAGUGUUUGAUGAGCUAGACAUGACCCAAUCAGUCUGUAGUUGCUGCAACAAUAACACUGUUUACAGCAGUGGCGGGGGUGGAAGCAGUGGAGAGAAGAUGGCAAACGAGGUUGAACCACACCCAUUGAAGGAGCAGUUGCCUGGUGUUCAGUACUGUGUUAACAGUCCUCCUCCAUGGUCUGAAGCUGUAGUGUUGGGAAUACAGCAUUAUCUUUUGAGUCUUGGAAUUACAGUUUUGAUUCCAAGUAUAAUUGUUCCUCAGAUGGGAGGUGGAGAUGUUGAAAAGGCUAAGGUGAUUCAAACCUGUCUGUUUGUUUCAGGCUUCAGCACGCUUUUUCAGUCAUUAUUUGGUACUCGAUUACCAACUAUGGUAGUGGGUUCUUAUACGUAUGUUAUUCCCACAACUUCUAUCCUUUUAUCCACCAGAUACAACAUAAUCCCAGACCCAAAAGAGAGGUUUGUACAAACAAUGAGAGGUAUACAGGGUGCUCUAAUCAUAACCUCAUGUUUUCAGAUAGUCAUGGGUUUCCUGGGCCUGUGGAGAAAUGUUGUGAGGUUUCUUAGUCCCCUUUCUGUUGUCCCACUUGUAACUUUUGCUGGACUUAGCCUAUAUCGUCUUGGUUUCCCCAUGCUGGCGAAGUGUGUUGAGGUCGGGCUUCCAGUGUUGAUCGUCUUUGUAUUUGUCUCACAGUAUCUUCCUCGUUAUAUACAGUCAAAGACACAAAAAUGUGAUAGAUUUUCAUUGCUCUUCUCGGUUUUAAUUGGAUGGCUUUACGCACUAGUAUUGACAUCAAGUUGUCUGUACAACAAUAAACCAAUCCAUACUCAACUUAGUUGCCGUACUGAUAAAGCCGGGCUCAUUGAAAGAGCUCCUUGGGUGUACAUGCCUUAUCCCUUUCAAUGGGGUAGCCCUACCUUCAAUGCUGGAGAAGCUUUUGCAAUGAUGGCAGCUUCGUUUGUUUCUCUCUUUGAGUCCACUGGUAUUUUUUUCGCUACAGCAAGAUAUGGAAGUGCCACACCUGUUCCACCAUCUGUAAUUAGCCGAGGUGUUGGCUGGCUGGGUAUAGGUGUUUUACUAAAUGGCAUGUUCGGUUGUCUAACUGGUACUACUGCAUCAGUUGAAAAUGCUGGUCUAUUAGCACUGACAAAAGUUGGAAGCCGAAGAGUAAUCCAGAUCUCAGCUGGCUUCAUGAUUUUCUUCUCCAUAUUUGGAAAGUUUGGAGCCCUUUUCGCUUCAAUUCCUCUGCCUAUUAUAGCAGCAUCAUAUUGUGUUUUAUUUAGCUAUGUCGCUUCCGCUGGACUUGGUUUUCUCCAGUUUUGCAACUUGAAUAGUUUCAGGACAAAAUUUAUAUUGGGUUUCUCUUUCUUCAUGGGAAUUUCAAUACCACAAUAUUUUAGGGAAUAUUAUCACACAGAAUCAUAUUUUUGGAAAGAGCACAAACCUGCUGGAUGGUUCAAUGACUUAGUGAUGGUUGUCUUUAUGUCUCAUACCACGGUGGCUGCUUUGGUUGUUUUGAUCUUGGAUUGCACACUUUUUCGAGAAAAUGAUUCAACCAGAAAAGACAGUGGCUUGCAUUGGUGGGAGAAGUUCAGUUUAUAUGGUUCAGAUGUCAGGAACGAUGAAUUCUACGCAUUGCCAUUUAACUUGGAUAAGCUUUUCCCAGCCCUUUAAUUAAACCUAAUUUUUUUUCAUACUUUGUUUCUGCAAAUUCUGUCUGAAUCUGAGCAGUUCCUCACACUCCUUCCUUUAAUUAUAGUCCAAUAAGGGGAACCAUAAAUGAGAAAUUCACUUGGCUUGACUGUAGUUUAUAUGCAGUUAUUUUUUUUCUUAUACGUACUAUUAAUUAAAAA